UCUCAUUUAGAUGAACCGGUCAAUCAAGAUGGUCUUUCUACAUCAGUACUGCAGACAGUAGUUUCGAAUAACAACGAUUCAAUGAAUAUUUUGUUCGAGGCGGCACUUCAGGAAUCGAAUAAUCCCUCUCAGAAUAUGUCAACGACAGAUAAUUCACGACAGAUAGCUCUAGAACUGAGUGACGCCGAUGUCCUCCGCAUUUGGAAUGCAUGUCGAUUCGUGAGAAUGGGAUGGUUCUCUGCCCAGGAAGCUGUGGUUUUAAUGGACCUGCAUGUUACACAUUCCAUCGGAUACAUGGACCGUUAUACUGACAUUAAAACGAUUAGCUUCUUCGAAAACAUGGCGCCCCUGUCGCCUGUCCUCACGGACUUCUUCGCCUCGCAUAAAAACCAAUACUAUCUAGUAACCCAGGAACCUAUGCUCUGCUACACUAUACUCAUGAUUUCCUCUCGAUACCACACUCUUCCGGGAGUGGGCGGAUAUUCUCGCUCGUUCUUCAUUCAUCACCGCCUGUGGCAACAUUGCCAACACUUGCUUCUUCGGAUUACCCUCGGGCAGGAGAAAAUUUCAAAAGCCAAAACACGCACGAUAGGAAGCAUCGAAGCAUUACUACUCAUGUCCGAAUGGCAUCCACGAGCAUUACAAUUUCCACCAGAGGCGGAUGGAUGGGAUUCAGACUUCCUCUUGACAAACCCGGACAUCAGAGAUCCGCCUUCCCUAACUGAAGAUGUCCCAGUAUCUGCCCGAUGGCGGGAAGAUGUUGUUGAGCCCACGAAGCGGUUUGAACGUAUGUCCUGGAUGGUCCUCAACUCGGCUUUGGCCCUCGCACAUGAACUCGGUGUGUUCGACUCGAGCGCUCGACUCGCCAGACAAGAUGAUCUGGUUGGUCUUGAUGCUGAGCGAUAUCUUGAAUAUCUCGAGGUGCGACGGCAGCGACUACCGAGUCUAUUGUUCACGUCUAUCAAUGCUUUAUCUUCACGCAUAGGUUGUACCUCGCCAGUGCCAUCUGAUGUCGGGAUCUCCAUGCCUGAAACGCGAACAUCUUUGCAGUCUAUUGAUAGAGAUUGGUUAUUGUUCAUGAAUGCCUGGAUUGAACUCAUGAAGCUGACUACUUCGGUCACGGAUACUCUGUUUCCACUCAUGAAUAUUUCUAGCUCCACUGGAUCACCGGAUACAUUCAUAUCUGUAUUGGAGAAGAAACAAGUUCUGUUAGCGAGUUGGCAACAGCGAUAUCUCAAUAUAUUAGACUCAAGCUUUCCCUACACUGACACCCUAUUCAUCGAGUAUCAACAUCUACGCACCCUUACCAACUCCAUCGGAAUGCAAAGAAUUGUCCAACGAGUGCUUCAAAUUCAACCCCAGCCUCCAUCACGAAGGGAUUCAAUUAUUGACUACUCUUUCAUCGAACGGGCAAGACAGCUAAACAUUACAGCAAGAGAAUAUGGCUUCAUCGAAGAAGUAAUAGACGGAUGCUGCCAAACCCUCGACAAGGUAACUCUCUUGGGCGGGACUUUACACUUCUCACCAAUGAGAAUACUCUUCCGAACAAUAAGUGCGUCAAUAUUUCUUAUGAAAGCUCUCGCUUUGGGAGUACGCAACUCAAAACUACAGGAAGCAUUCCUGAUCCUCGAUCGGGCUAUCGUCACACUACAGGAUAAUAAUCAUGAUGACGUGCAUUUGAAAUCCCGCUAUGCGGCUCUUUUACAAGUACAAGUCUCGCGUCUGCGAGAAAGUUUGGUAUCCUCAUACUCCGGGGUUGGGAAUGAUCUUCCUUCUCCUCGCUCGUAUGAGAAUAUGUCGGCUAUGGAGCUGGGGGAUUUCUCGGAUUUUUCUAUGAACGACUGGUUAUCUUUGCCUUUAGAUCCUUCAAUGGCGCCAUUUGGGUCUUCAGAGGGGGACUUUGGGGUCCGUUUGGAUGGUGUUGAUUUGGAUUUGGAUUUUUUGUGGCAAUUACCUCCAUGA